CAACAUCUCCAGCUGUCGAGAUCCACUUCUUCCUUUGCGUGUCUUUGGCCACUGCUCGCGGAGAGAUAAGCCGAGGGGAGCACUAGCUUCCACCAUUGGCACCCUCAGCGGUGUUUGCUGCCCACCAUGUCACCAAGUAUAUAGGACUGUUGCUCCACUCCCAUCAGCUCACCCACUGUGUCUCAUUAUCUAACUUCUUUCUCCGUCACCCCGCCGCAUUAGCUUUUGAUUCGUAGCCUUCUCUCUCCUUUUUGCACAAUGCCUUCGUCUACCGUAGAGGUUGCUGCUGUGCGCGCCUUUCCCACCAUCAAGCAUGUCCGCACCUUUCUCACACAGGGACCCGGCUCCGGCGGCGACUAUCACAAUGUACACGGAGGCCAUUGGCUGAUAGACAGCAAGAUAUCGACGCCCAUGUCGCAGUAUGAGACCUACAGGAAGUCGCGGACCAGUUGGGGGAUCAAUGUCCUGGGCUCUUUCUGCGUCGAGCUUGAAGCUUCAGAUGGGACGAAAGGGUUUGCUACAGGGUUUGGAGGACCUCCAGCAUGCUGGCUGGUCCAGGAGCACUUUGAAAGGUUUCUGAUAGGUCAAGAUCCCCGUAAUAGCAACCACCUGUUCGAACAAAUGUACCGCGCUUCUCUCUUCUACGGCCGGAAAGGACUUCCCCUGGCUACUAUUUCCGUCAUCGAUCUGGCCCUCUGGGAUCUGCUUGGCCAUAUACGCAACGAACCCGUCUACAAGCUGAUUGGAGGCUCCACUCGUGAUUCCCUCUCCUUCUAUUGCACCGGCCCCGCUCCUCUCGCAGCAAAAGAAAUGGGCUUUUUCGGAGCAAAAGUCCCUCUUCCCUAUGGGCCAGGCGAGGGCCAAGAAGGGUUCAAGAGGAAUGUCGAAUUUCUUCGAAAACAUAGAAAAGACGUCGGCCCUGACUUUCCCCUGAUGGUGGACUGCUACAUGAGCCUGAACGUCAGCUACACCAUUGACCUGGUUGCUGCGACGAAAGACCUGAAUCUGAAUUGGUGGGAAGAAUGCCUUUCCCCGGAUGACGUAUCGGGUCAGGCACUUCUGAAACGCGCCCAUCCGACCGUCAAGUUCACGACGGGCGAGCACGAGUACUCGCGCUAUGGAUUUAGGCAGCUAAUCGAGGGACGAAAUGUUGACAUUCUGCAGCCCGACGUCAUGUGGGUAGGCGGACUCACUGAGCUCCUCAAGAUAUCUGCACAUGCGGCUGCGUACGAUAUCCCCGUUGUACCUCAUGCAAGCGGACCGUACUCGUACCACUUUGUUGUCUCUCAGCAGCAUUCACCAUUCCAGGAGUAUCUAGCGAACAGUCCGGAUGGGAAGAGUGUGAUGCCCGUUUUCGGGAGUCUCUUCUUGAACGAGCCCGUUCCGACAGGAGGGGUACUAGAUGUGAAAGAGCUGGAUAGGCCGGGCUUUGGUCUGAUAGUGAAUCCACAGGCUGGACUCAUUGAUGCAAAAGGUAUCCUCAAUCCUAGGAUUGAGAGACCGUUGGCGACGGUUGGAAGGGAGGCACAGGGUGAUGAGACGAAUGGACACGCAUGAUUGGUUGAAAGUUUGAUACUCCUAGGGGGGCAUUUCAAAUGGCUACGGGAAGGGCUGCAUUGGGAAAAGGGUACGAAG